AGGAUCCCAUAGCUUGGGAGUGAGAGAGAGAGAGAGAGAGGAAAUCCAAAGCUAUGGUGGAACUAGGAUCCCUGCUGUGGUGUGUUGCUCUGCUGGGCUUGGUUGUAUACAAGGGAAUUUGCAUCCAUCUGAGGCGCCAGCGAGCAGAGUUUAUAGCAUCUCUAGAUCCCGUACGAGAUGCGCACAAGAUCGUGUGGUAUCUCUAUGCGGUGGAGUUCCCAUUUCUCUCCCAGAAAGCUCUCGAGUUUGGCACCAUCCAAACCCUGGGCAUUCCCUCCAUCACCAAGCUCCUGUACAAGACCAAGUAUGGGCUCAAGGAUCCCCAGAAGCGCGCCGCCGAGACCAACAUCUUGGUGAGCGAGUUCCUCCACCACCACGUCGAUAGCGACCGUGGAUCCUACGCGCUGAGGAGAUUGAAUGGCAUCCACGCCCAAUUCAAGAUCCCAAAUCACGAGUUUGUCUAUGUGCUCUGCUUGAACGUCGUCAAGCCCAUGGAUUUUUGCCGCGAGUUUGGAUUCCGGGCGUGGACGCCCCGCGAGGAGCUCGCGUCCUACACGCUCUGGCACGACAUUGGGCUCCGGAUGGGACUGAAAGACAUCCCGGAGAACAUCCAGGCGAUGCGCGACUACAUCGACGAAUUCGAGGAGAAGUACGCCAAAUUCGACGAGAAGAACAAGUCCAUCGUCCAGGAGCUCAAGCACCUGGUGCUCGACUCCUUCCCGCGCCGCGUCCAGCCGGUGGUGGAGACGGGCAUCUGCGCGCUCAUCGGCGAGCGCAUCCGGAUCGCCACCGGGCUGCCAAAGCCACGCGCGAUCGUCGAGUGGGCGGUGCUGUCGGCGCUCAAGCUCCUGUCGGGCACGAUGGUGUCGAUCUUCAUGCCGCCCAGGACCGUCGCGGGGGCCAAGGGGAGCAUCGACGUGGACUGGAGCCCCAACCCGGAAGCUCGCCCGGAGGAGCUCCGCCCGCUCAACGUCAAUGUGUAUCGCCCGCCGAGCUUCGAGAAGGGGUACAAGCUCGCGGAGCUGGGAGCGCUCAAGCCGGGGAAGAUCGGGCCGCGCUAUGGCGAUGGAGCUCUGCUGUGCCCAUUGUUUCGCGCCUAGAAAUUUCACAUGGUUUCUUACAAUCAUAAACUAUGUGAUGAUUUUUCCAGCGAUUAAAAUUCGUGGAGGGGGGAGUCCCACAUGUAUCACGGUACCAUGGAUUUGUCUGUACUACAUCAGGAAAUCCUGCCACCCAUGUUCACGUAAAUAAAUUUGUAAGCUUUCCUCAUAUGUAUUUCUUGCUUGAAUCAGAGAUAAUUUAAGCCCGAUCUUCCGAGUGGAGGCUUUUUCGA